CAGCAAAUGUCGGGAACACCGGUCGUUCAGCUGAUCGAAAGUGGCGUAUACCUAGGACCGCCUCAGGAGAGAGUCAAUGAAAAGUCCCUCCCUUUCUGAGUAUCUUGUCUGUCUAUCAGGGCAAUAAGUCCGCAGGGGGAGGGGGGCAGAUGCGAGUAAAGCAGCAAGCCGAACUCAGCCAUGGUAGCCCUUCGAGCAACACUAGCCGAACACGGGGUCUGUUUUGUUGUAAAUUGAAAUUUUCUGCAGCACGGAAGUGGAUAACUACCUAAGCGGUAUGUCUGGAGCCGGCUGAGAAUCGUGUUUAGAUGACAGUAGCACCAUGAACCCAGCCAGUGGCGCUGCUGAAAACCGACAGCAUUCUAACAACAAGAAACAGCAGCGAGCCGCUUCGCCCGCCAGGUUCCGCGAUAUUAACUCCAGACCCUCCAUCAAGACGUCGUUUGGUGCCAAAUCGACCGCACUGAAACAGGUUUACCACCCGAGUCGGGUUUCCAACCAGGGGACUGCAAACAACAAGGAGAAAGCGAGCCGAGUUGGGGCUGCUGUCCGUCCAGCUGGUGCUGAAAAGGAGAUCGCCGCCUCUCCCGAGAAUCUCAGAAAGGUGGAGGGGGACAGCUGCCAUUUCAUCCAGAGCAAGAACUCGGAUUUGACCGCCGCUCAGAGCGGCCGUGCGGGGACCAUCCCGGAGAGAGCAGCGAGAGGAAAGCCAGGGGAGCAGCAGCCUCUAGGAGGAGGAGGUGGGAAAGGGGAGGCGGCAGACGGAGCGGAGCAGGAAGGUGUCGGGGGCGGUUCCGGGCUCGGCCUUCAGACGGACAGUGCGGGCUUGGCGCCGCCGCCCAAUGCUGCGAUAAUGCACACGAAGAACGCGUCGUCGGCGCCGGAGCCCGAGAGGCCGGCGGGUGGUUCUAACAUGGAGGCGAUGACAGAGCAGGAAAAGAGCCUGCAAGAUGAGGUCGAGAAACUGCGCUCGGAAAACCUGGGCCUCAAGACGGAGAUCGAGGAGAUGCGAAACGAAAUGGACGAAAUGAGGGAUAGUUUCUACGAGGAGGACGCCUGUCAGCUGCAGGAUCUCCGGCGGGAGCUCGAGCGCGCCAACAAGAACUGCCGAAUCCUGCAGUACCGCCUGCGGAAGACGGAGAGGAAAAGGAUGCGAUUCGCCCAAACCGGCGAGAUGGACAAUGAGCUACUGAGAAGUCUCGAGCAGGACCUCAAGGUUGCCAAAGAUGUGUCUGUCAGACUGCACCAUGAAUUGGAAAACGUGGAAGAAAAACGCACCAAAACAGAGGAGGAAAAUGAAACCUUACGUCAGCAGUUGAUAGAAGCUGAGAUCAGCAAACAAGCUUUACAGAAUGAACUGGACAAGAUAAAAGAGUCUGCAUUAAAGCGACGUGGAAGUAAAGACUUACAAAAAUCUGAAAAGAAAUCCCAACAGAUCACUCAUGAGGAGGACAACGAUGACAUAAAAUGCCAGCUACAGUUUGUCAAGGAAGAAGCAAUUUUAAUGCGGAAGAAAAUGGCAAAAAUUGACAAAGAAAAGGAUAGACUUGAAUGUGAGCUGCAAAAGUACAGAUCCUUUUAUGGGGAUCUGGACAGUCCUUUGCCAAAAGGUGAAGCAGGAGGGCCUCCUACAACCAGAGAAGCUGAACUAAAACUUCGUCUCCGACUGGUGGAAGAAGAAGCGAAUAUCCUAGGGAGAAAGAUUGUGGAACUUGAGGUUGAAAACAGAGGAUUGAAGGCUGAAUUAGAUGAUAUAAGGGGCCACUAUGAAAAAGAAGGGGCAAGUGGUGAAGAUUAUAUUGGUGUUGGUGCUUCAUCUUUUCGGGAUCAAAGUGAAGCUGUGUCAGAACUAAGACAGAACCUGCAGCUUGUUGAAGAUGAAGCUGAAUUGCUGAGACGAAAUCUGGCUGACUUGGAAGACCAAAAUAAACGACUUUCCGCUGAAGUCAGUAAAUACAAGUAUAAAACAGGAAACAUGCAGGAUGCUUCCCGGAAUAGUGAUAACUCCAAAGUUACAGAGGUCCUUCAAGAAGAACUAAAGGCAGCCAGGAUGCAAAUCAAUGAACUCAGUGGCAAAGUCAUGCAACUCCAGUAUGAAAAUCGUGUUUUGAUGUCCAAUAUGCAGCGCUAUGACCUGGCUUCCCAUUUGGGCAUCCGUGGCAGCCCCCGAGAUAGUGAUGCAGAAAGUGAUGCAGGAAAAAAAGAAAGUGAUGAUGAUUCUCGGCCUCCGCAUAGGAAAAGAGAAGGUCCCAUUGGUGGGGAAAGUGACUCAGAAGAAGUUCGCAAUAUCAGGUGCUUACAGACUCCGCCAAGGUCUUUAUUUUCUACAGAUGGCAGAUUGCUCCAAAAAAACCUCAAGGACAGACAACAAAUGUCAGAUAUACGGCUGGAGGCGGAGCGACUGAGUAGAACUAUAGAUCGAUUGAUUACAGACACAAGCACAAUUAUAACUGAAGCAAGAAUUUAUGUAGCAAAUGGUGACCUAUUUGGCAGAAUGGAGGAAGAAGAUGACAGCAGCAGAAUCAGAGAACACGAACUUCUCUACAGAAUCAAUGCUCAGAUGAAAGCAUUUAGGAAGGAGCUGCAGACCUUCAUAGACAGACUAGAGGUUCCAAAAACAGCAGAUGAAAAAAAUACAGAAGAACCUUUGUCUGUCAGUCAGAUGUUUCAACCUAUUAUUUUGCUUAUACUCAUGCUUGUAUUAUUUUCAUCAUUGUCCUACGCUACCAUAUUCAAAUUGGUUUUUCUUUUCACACUUUUCUUUGUUCUGUAGAAUCUCCAUCUACUUGAGUAUACCACCUUUUUAGUUUGUUUAUUUAUUUUAAUAUAUCAUCAAGAAUUCUGUAAACACAAAAUAACACACAUAGCGUUUGAGACAUUACGGGAUUACCAUAUGCAAAGCUUUGUAAAAUACUGGAGACUACCAAUUUUCAAGAUGAACUUUUAUAUGAAGCCAUUGGGAAAUUGAGGAAUGACCUUCAACCAGUAUUCUGUUCGCAGAUUUUUCAGAACUUCUAACUGUACUACAGCCUGGGUGGAAAUUCCUGUCAAUCAACUCCUCCCGUAUCUACAGAAUUUAGUCCUUCCCAACAUUUCACUUGUAAUUGUCGAUCAGAAGUGUUUGAACCUAUUUUUCCAUUUAAUUAAUCAUAUCAAUUCAGCAUUUGGCUUUUAGAGGAGCUCGUGAGCAUCCAAAGCCUAUCGGUGUUCCAAUAUGGCUGUCUUUUGUACCCAAUAGCGAGUUUUGAGAAGAUUUGUACCCAAUACUUGUGAGAGCAAGAUUUAAAGUGGAACUAACAUUUAUUCAAGUUACUUCAACAACCUUUCUGUGGCAAAAUGAUUGGAUAUUUAGAACUGCAACUGGCAACCACCUUGAUACCUUUGAAGGAUGGAUAUGUGUCCUGGCAAGAGAUGAAGAGGAUCUUGAAAAGACCUCCUCUACUUGCAGAAGGAAAAGAAAGUGGAAACAGGAGACUAGGAUGAACGUUGUGACAGAAGGGGUCGUACAGAGGUUGCGGAAAGCCGCGCCAACUCUCUGCAUCCAGCGUCCCGCUCACUUCUAGACCAGCUUUUUCAGCCUGUUCAGAAAGGGGCAAGGCUGGGGCGAACUGCAAGGAGGAAACCAGGGCGUCUACCGAUUGCCGAUUAUGUCCAGAAUAUAGCCAGCUGUUCUGUUGUCUUCGGGAGGAACGGCCCGUCAACCUGGCACUUGGUGGCGUUUUGUUUUCUCCAUCCAACAACCGACCGUUAGGUUCAAAGCACUAGAAGUUUUGAAAGUGUGUGGACCAGCUGGAGAGAGAACAGCUCGCUCCUUUCUCCAAGGCUCGUGAAAACAGAAGAAUUUUAUUUGAUCUUACAUCUGUUUUGGAAGGUGUUCAGCUUAAGGUUAAAGAAGAGGAAGAUCAAAGGGCAGAACUGCAGCAUCAAUAUUCAAGUGACAAAUAUGUUUGGGACCUGGAGAGAGCAGAACUGAAGUGUCGUAUUGAACAGCACAGCUAGAAAUUCCUUACCAAAAUAUCCACGGAAGGUAAACUACACAGACUUCUAUCUAUAGAGUAGUGACGACUGGAUGAUCCAAGGCACUGCUGUUGACAUGGGCUGGAAGUAAAGGCAGAAAAACAGGACGUAGAGAAAACAUCCCAAGAAACAAGAGAAGUAUUUGGAUCAGAAAGGAAAGAACAGAAGCAGCUGUUGGCGAAUAUCCACUCA